AUGCCUCGGUGGGUUCAUGACGUUCUACCAUGCUUGGCCCUGCUCGUCGCAGUGACUUUUAAGGGUGAUUAUGUCAAAACUCCGUCCCUUGCCCUGCCUUACAUACCGUCUGGCCCGAAACCUGAAGUUCGAUCGCAAGAACACCCCCACAAGCUAAAAAGUCCAGGCAUGUCAAGGGGGAAGAGGGACCACGAUCCCCUCACGACGGCGCGGCACGGCCUCGGUUUCCGGAACCAGCAGUGGGGUGCGUUUGUGGUCCCAAGGUUACAUCCGUUCCGUGAGAAGGAGAAGAGGAGAAGGGCAACACUGCCGGAGAUUAUUUAG